AUGGCUUCAAAGCACUAUUCUGACAUCCCUUUUACAAAGGAGUCUGAGGUAGUACAGCAGACGUCCCCCAUGAUGCUUCAAAGACUUCAUUAUAGACUUCGCCGUUUGAGCUUCCCACGCUUGACUUCUCUACGAAGAGUGCUCCUUUUACUUUUCAUUUCGCUAGUGGUUAUACUGUACUUGCUAGUUCAUAUUACAUACAUACGGUCUAGAAAGAAUUUCGAUGAUGGGAUCGAUAAACCUGACUUCAAAAACAAAGCAGACAAGCGCAUGGGCAUGAAGGACUUAAGCUCCAAGAUUGAUUUCCCAUUUCAAGUCGGUUGCAGAGUGCCUGACGUUGAUGCACCCCGAGCAAAUGCGUCGCUUGUCAUGCUAGCACGAAACUCCGAGCUAGAGGAUGUCAUUAAGUCGAUGGACUCUCUCGAGCGACACUUCAAUCAGUGGUUCAACUACCCCUGGGUCUUUUUGAACGAUGAGGCGUUUGACGAAGUUUUCAUUGAAACAGUGCAGAGGCACACUCAUGCUAAGUGUGAUUUCGGUAGGGUGUCUCCUGAUAAGUGGAAUUUCAAUCCAGACAUAGAUCCAGAGUUCCUCAAGGAGAGCAUAGAGAGCCAGGGCGACAGAAAAAUUAUGUACGGCAAUAUGGAGUCAUACCAUAAGAUGUGUCGAUUUUAUUCUGGGGAGUUCUUUAAGCAUCCUUUAGUUCGAAGGAACGAGUGGUAUUGGCGCGUGGAGCCCGAUGUUCAGUUUUUCUGUGACAUCACUUACGACCCAUUCAUUGAGAUGGAAAAGCAUAAGAAGAAGUAUGGUUUCACGGUGGCAAUCACCGAGAUAUUCUACAGUGUACCGUCACUUUUCUCAGCAACCAAAAAUUUCAUUCAGGAAAGGGGGAUACAAGUUGGUACUGCUUGGGAGCUCGUGGCUAAGAAGUACGGAAGAGUUAUAGGAGAGCAUGCUCAUGAGUACAGAGACUACGAGGAAGUAAGCAAGUCUAAGUUCGAAGACCUCGUUGAGAGGAACCUCAAUCUAAGGCGCAUACUCUCCAAGCCAAACAAGGCCGACAAUGACUUGAGGGUGUUCACGGAAGCAAGUCCAGUUAGAGAUAUCUUCGAAGAAUCUUACGCCAAGCCCAACCUAUUUCAUGACAAGUUCGACGAUGAGGAAUAUAACUUAUGUCACUUUUGGUCUAAUUUUGAGAUUGCCCGUACUGACCUAUUUCUUUCGGAUGAUUACCAAGCAUACUUCGACUUCUUGGAGAACGAUGGUGGAUUUUAUAGAGAGCGCUGGGGCGACGCACCCAUCCACUCGAUUGCCGUUUCUAUGCUUUUGAGUCGUGAAGAAUUGCACUACUUCCGUGACAUUGGUUACAAGCAUACCACGAUGGGCCAUUGCCCCAAUAACGCACCAGGCAAACAACUUCCCUACAAGGCAGCCUACCCGGAAUUUUCGCCACAAAAAGACAACUCAAUUUUCAGUAUAUUCAAAAAAUCAAGUCCCGAUGCUACUGCUCGAAACGGUGUGGGCUGUCGGUGCGAGUGUCCCGUUGGUCAUAAGGACUACGAGGAUUUCUCCAGCACAUGCAUCAAGCAUUUCGCUUACGUAAUGUCUGACGACUUCAAAGAGCAAAAGCCAAUUGACGUUGACAAAAUAGAGAACAAGGUGAACGAGAAAAUUGACCGAUACCUCAAGCUUGGGGGUAAAUUGGGGGAGCACUCCAUCAAGAAUUUGCAAUGA